AUGAAGACCGAGCUCAACAUUUUCCUGGCUUUGGCCUUCUUCUUCGCCAUUGUCCAGGCAUCUCCAGCGGGUGUCAAUGUCGCAAGUAUCCCCGUUGUCGAGGUGGACGCCGUGGAUUACACCUCAUCGACGGUCGACAUCGCGGUCAGGGGCGAGAAGAGCGACGCAGCCAAUCUGCAGGGCACGCAGGAUCUCACGCUAUCGAUGGUCGACGACCCAGCCAAGUUGUCUCUCUGGUGCCCGAACGACAACUGGGUGUACUACUACAAUUGGGGACCUCUGGUUGAUUUGGUGUGCGAUCAAUGGGACAACUCCUUGAAGGCCAGCUUCUCAGCCUUGAUACCCGAAUCAGUCUACUUGGUAGACAGGGCCAAGUCUGUCACACUGGGAUGGACGCCGUCCUUGGGAGGCAACUGCAAUGGGACCUGCAAGCAGGUCUUCAAUGCCAUGCGCAGUAUGAAGGGUUGCAAGGCCGAAGAGUUCUGGAUGAAGGAGAUGAUCAAUAUGACGUACGAAGGCUGCGGAGUGGCGUCGUGGAAGUACCAAUAUCAACCGACGUCGCCGCUCAAGCACGGCUCCGGGCUCUGCUGGCUCGAGAAGGACGAGGUCAAGACGUACGAGCCCAAGGCGAACGUCUUUGAGCGGUUCUGCCACGAGGCCGUCUACGAGCUCAGGCAAAAGGGGGGCUGGGAGUUCAUGAACGAGCGGGCGAGGAUCGGGUACUACUGGACGGACUACAACCGCAAGGUGGCGCACUCGGGCAACAGCUCACAGUACUUCGACAUGGGCAUGGUGCACGUCUGGAUCAAGGCGCCGCAGAACAUCAUCCCGUGCCCGACCAAGGGCAGAUACGGCGACCACAUGAUUGAAGACGAGGAGAACGGUCUCACUCAUGAGCUGUGCGUGAAGCAUCUCAACACACUCCAGAACAUGGAUUGCGGGCAGCCGUUGGGAACAAGCCAGGGAGGGCGAUACUGGGCGGAUUGCUUCGAGUGGGGGAUCGAGGCAAGCGGAUACAACGCCCUGCAGAUUUCCGGUUGA